AAACGCAGAAAGUUUUUUUGUUUUAUUUAUACUCUUCAUACGUCAAAAACAGUUCAUUAUUGUUUUCUUUUAUACAUACAAACUACGACGACAGAACAGGCUGUAUAAUUUCAUUCUUGACUAGUAUUCUGUGAUUUUAUCAUGUCAGGAAGCAGACCGGUGAAUGGAAAUCGCCAACGGAAUCUCUCUGUGACGAGCAAUACGUCAUCGUCUAGUUAUAAAGAUAAUUCAUCCGUCAAUUACAGGAACUCUGAUCAUGUUCCCGAUCACCGUAGAACAAGUAGAUCUUCUAGAACAAGUUCUUCAACAGCGAAUGCAAAUGGUGUCAGAGACAACAAUCAUCAGUUCUUGUCUAGUACAAACUCAUCCUUCAGGGAUUUCCAGAGACCCACAUCUCUGUAUGAAUCCGGAUCAGCACUCAACAACCCAUCUGAAGGAGAGCACAGGGAGAUGCAAGAUAAGAUGCGUGAACUGCAGCAAAAGAAGUGGCAGUAUGAAAAUGCCAUGUCCCAGUUACAGCAGAUGCAUUCCCCAUUCUCAGAUGAACCAACUCCAAAUGCAACUAGAGCUGAAAUGACCAACAAUGCUGAAACAGUUUAUACUUCCAUUAGCAAUCGAGCUAGAAAACUCCAAGAGGCUCAACAAAGACUUAUCCAGCUGCAAGAAUUGAUGCAAAAUGUUUCCAUAGACCUCGACUACAAUCCCUAUACUCAACAGAAUGAGGAGAAGAACAGCAAGCCCAAAGAAUUUCCCUUGGAUUUUCUGCGCAAUGUGUCUUCAAAUGGGCCAUCCAGAACACCUACCAUACCAAGAAUCAACCCUGGUGUCCCCAGGCAUUUGAACAAAGGGACACACCAGCAGCAAAUAGGAGCCAGCAGCAAUCAUCUCUAUUCACCUCAGAAUAAUCUGAGUCACGAUUCUCUCGGUAGUCCUAAAAGAUAUUCAACUUCGUCCCAGGUAAACGGUUCAUUGUUGGACGUGUUUGCGCAAGGUGAACCUUCUUUUGAUUCCUCCAACGAAGAAGCUGAAGAAACUCGAAUAGAAGAAGUUAACGGGCAAGAUGACCAUUCGUCACAUGAACGCAUGCACAGUGCUGAGACAUCCGUCAGAAAUGGAAUACGUUUACCCGCAACCGUCCCCAUUGAACGUCUUGAUCGAAUAGAGAAUCAAUUAGAACGAACAAAUUCCUUGUGUGAAUUGAUGGUAGUCGAACAACGUCGAUUGGCUUUGGUGACUGAAAGUCUCCUAUCAGCCGUUUCCAAUUUACAAUUCAGCAGCCGUAAUGCCGCGGCCGUUAAUCGCAACGCUUCAACGUCAAGUUUCUCUCUAUCGGGACUUCCUGUGAACUCGUCGUGGAACGAUAGUGGAUCUGAUUUCCAUGUUCUAGCUCAGGCUGUGAGCACAUGUUGCCAUAUGCUCACUCAACUUCAAAGAGAUUUGGCGACUGUUCAGCUGAGCUUAGAAUCGAAUCCUCAACCCCCUGAAGCAUCCGGCAGAACCAGUGAAGUUCAUCACAACCCUUUUCGUGAUCCUAAAGCUGAAAGAUCGAGCGCCUCAGCCUACGAGUGCGCUGGUAUGGACCGAUUCGAUCCGCAGGUCACGCUGAACAAUCGAGUGCCGCCCGGCACCAGAACCAACAAUUACUGGGACAACUUCCGCAGUUACUCGAGACAGAAUCUCCUCUCAUCAGGGCCGUCCAAUGUGAACGUUAGUGACCACCAGCAAGCCGGGUUGUCGACCGAAAUGUCAACCUCUUCAUUGCUUCAUCCAACCAGCCAACAGAUUCAAGCUACUAGUCCGUCGGAAACGAAUCCUCGCAAUCCCGCCCAACCACCUUCACGUCGUACCAAACGAAAAAUCAACAAAGGUCAACGUCAGGUGGAGAUUGGUGUUCAUUGUCCUCCGCAUGCUGACAACCGGGUACUUUCUGCCCUGGCUUACGGUCUCCUCUCCGUCCGAGGUCAAGGUGGAAACAGCAACAGCAGCAAUAGCAGUUCGGGAGUUACUUUGCCUGAAGUGAACGCACGGAAUUUGAAUCAUCAACAGCAAUCGACUAACGAAGCAUCACCAGCUCCGGUGGUGGUGGUACCUGCCAUCUCUGUGCCAAGAACCAGCGCUGCGGUAGAUGCCGGCAGCAACAACAACAAAGUUGUCAAAGACGCUUCAACUCUCAAAUACUCGGGCGGCGCCCGUCCUAAAGAAAACCGUCGUGCCCCAGAGCCAAACGUUUCUUCCGUUAUGAAUGUCAACUUGUUGGCCGAACGAGAGUCGGAGGACAAACCACAGUCUCAGGCCAGUCCGGGGCUAGAGGCAAUCGUUCGAGUUGCUCUGACCGAACACGCCACUCGACCGCAAUUCUUGUCUCAACUACUGCAACUGCUUCACAAAUUUGACAGCGAUCCGUUGCGGGAAAUGGCGCUGAACGCUCUACACGAAUGCGCCACUAGCCGUCCGUCACAUCAAUCGGAGCUGACCAAAGUUUUCAUCAACGUGGUUGGCCAUCACCGCGAGUUGACUCCUCAUUUGCUGGAAACUUUCCUCAACGCCGUCCAACUCCCAGAAGAAUCCGAUCACGAGGAAGGUGCCGCCUCCCUGCAUCAGCAGUCAUCAGAAAAUGCUCUCUACAUGCUCCGUCAAGCCCUGACUCCGUUCCUGUUCCGUCGAUUGGGCGAGGUGCAAGAUCUCGUCAUUGAAACUCUGAAUAAAAUGGACACCGGCAGCAGCAGCAGCAAUCCCAAUCACAGUCGAGAGACCAACGCCGCAGUUACCGUCGGAGUCUCGGCAGCUUCAACUUCAGGCCAGGAAGAUGAUUUGGCGGAAGCAGAUCAGUCAUGCGAUCAAUCCUGCGACGGACUAGCUGAGUCGUCCGCCGGUCACGACGAAUCGGAAAUGAAUCAACGGCACUCGGCCGUCGGCUUAGACGAAGUUCCAACUCGAUUGAUGUCGGUCUUGUCACCCCCCAUCUGGUCUAGUGGCAGAUCCGUCAACCAACAUGUCAGUCAAGCCCAGCAACCUGCAGCGGACGAGGCUGCACAUCACAACAAUUCGAACUUGUCGAACAGUAGCCGAACCGAAAACGUCGGCCAUUGGUUCCCUGAAGACAGCACCAUUUGACUUUCGCUAAAUCCUAGCUUAGUACUAGUAGAAGAAGACACUUACCUGUAAAAUUGGUUGCUGAAAAUAAAUAAUCAUUUGAUGUGA